UUUUACACUAUUCUAAUGCUACAUCUAAAUUAUUUCUCUCUCUCUUUUUUUUGUGUGUGUCUUCAGCAAGCAAUCAUUCCAAAGCUUUCCAGAACUAAAGGAUGCCAUGUGGGAUCAGUAUACAGUGUGGACAAAUAAAUUUGGAGUUUUGCUCUUUCUGUAUUCUGUGAUAUUGACAAAGGGUAUCGAAAACAUAAAAAAUGAAAUUGAAGAUUCCACAGAGCCAUUGAUAGAUCCUGUUUAUGGCCAUGGGAGCCAAAGCUUAAUUAACCUCUUGUUGACGGGGCAUGCAGUUUCUAAUGUGUGGGACGGAGAUAGAGAAUGCUCAGGAAUGAGUAAGUUACUUCCAAUUUAUAAUUUUUUGUUUUUACACAGCAUAACUGUUUGGUGCUAGAAACUUGAGUUGAACAGUGUUCCUGGUUCAGUAGGUGAGGUGCUAUUUCGCUGUCCUUAGCUUCAAUGUAGGCAUUAAGUGAAAGUAAUAUUUAAUCCUCCCAAAAUCUUUGAGGCUGGUAUUGAUUAAUCCUCAAAAUCCUUGUGAGGUUGGUGUUUAAUCAGACAAUAUUUAUACAGCACUCAGGGAUGUAAGGCUAUACCUUUAUCCUUCAGUUAUAUUUUCUAUGAUACAUCUCUGCACCCAACUAUUCCUGGGGAAGAAAAUAUCUGAAUUCCUAAGUGUACAGGGGGAAGUAAAGGGAGUGCUUGCAUGUAUCCCAAAACUCUUCAGAUUACGUGGGAUGGAUAGUCACGUGUAAUUGCAUAGUAAACAUAUUUUGGUUGGUUACAUUCCACAGUAUUAGUAAGACAAACUGAGUUAUAGCAUUGGGAACACAACUAUGCUUUUCCCUUUUCCCUCGCUAUCUUUGUCCUCUCUUCUUCUUGCACUACACC